UUGCAGGAAAAGGUGAAAAGUAAUACUCUAAUGUGAACUUGCACACAUCUAAAAUCAAUCAGUUCUCAUUCAGUUAGUCAUUAUUUACAUCUGAAAUUUGCUUCCUCUUCUUCAUUUCAUGUAAUUUCUUUGUCCGUCUCUCACUCACUGAGGAAGACGAGCUGCAACAGUGCAGUAGAAUACACACUGGACAGCUGCUGUAACUAUAAGGAGAAAUAUGGGAGAAUUGAUACCCCAGGUGGAGGCAGGGAGAGUGGAAUAAAAAAAAAACAGGAGCAUCUCUGGAAAAUAAGGAGGGUUGGGAAGUGUGGUGUUUGGUUUCUAGAGAGUGAGGGAGUGAAAAACAUAAUUGUCCAUUUCCUCUCUUUGCGUCCCUUUGGGUUGAGUAUUUGAAGAGUAGCUCCUUAAAAAUCUACCAAAUAACUGUAAUGUCCUUGGUGCGGAGGUAGCUUCUCUUUACUUCCCCUCUUGUACCACGUAUUGCUCUUACAACAACAAAAUGAGCCUUUAUCAUUCUAAUCCCCGGUAAUGAAUUUUGAACUGUUUUGAACCAGUGUGGAUGUGGUACAAUUCCUUCUAUUGAGAGCCACAAUAACUCCCAGAUAGCGAUCUCGCAUGCUCCGGCAAACUAUACAUCAACAUUCCGGGCGCUAUUAAACCCGAGUGAAAAGGAUGGGAUGGUGUUUAUUGUUAUCUGUUUUCAAAAGCCCUUAUAAGAGGAGCUUAAGACAGAUUGUGGAAAUCCAUUAAUUCUCUUGAAGGAAAGAAGAAGAAAAAAAAAGGUGUAUUGCCUUGUAUGAAAUCACAGGAUUUGUUGGCGGGGGGAUGAAUUUAACCUGUAAUAGCUUUACCUCAGCUGCGCACAUUGUCAGAGAAGUGAGACUGCACCACACAGAUAAGACACAUGAUGCAUGAUGGGGAAUACAAACCACACGGAGGGAACCUCUGUGAUCGUCUGUGGUGAAUAAUACCAACAAAUCUAUUAGUGUCGUCCACACACGUCACUGGCAAAAUGAGUCAGUCAUUCAUCUGCAGAAUGACUGUGUGCCAUUAGUAUUCACUGCUGUUGUCAACUUGAACAUAUCUGCUGAUUUGCACAAGAUCCUUUGUUGAUAAAGCUAAAUGGGAAGGUGACAUUAUUAAAUAAAUUUAAGGGCUAAUCCUCAAAGUCAGCAUACACAAGUCUCUGGCCACACCAAAAAAAAAAAACGUUCAUCUUUAAAUCCAGGUUUCUAAUACCAAGCAAUCCCCUUUUCUCUAAAACCUCAACAAUAAGGAUCUUAGGAGCUCUCCACUUCUCAUUUUAUGCACUGAAAUCUGAUUUCUUUUGGAGAAAGGAAUGAAGCAAGAUUAACCGAAUCUGCCGUCCUCCCUAACCUCUUCACAAAACUGCCCAGAUUAGCCAGGAAUUAAGUUUCAACCGUUUUAUGUGUCUGGUCCAUAGGGGGGAUUAUAGUUUUACUAUUUUUUUUGCCUCCCAAUUUCACUAUAAGGGCCUGACACGCUGUUAUAGAGAGAGGAGAAGCAGAGGAGCAGCUGAGGCUGAACUAUCCAAAAGUACUGCAUGUCAAUAUCCACUGCCUGCGUUGAAUUUUUCUGCCGGAGAUGGAUGGACUGAUCGGGAUGGAGAGACAAAAGUUUCCUUUCACUAUUGAGAACAUUCUGAGCAAGUAUCCAAACAGUAAUGGAGACAGGCGGUCAUGUGGAGCCAGUGGAAUAAAAGACAGGAUGGUGGGUCCUGUUGGAGGCCAGGCAGAGACUGUUCAUCAUACCUGUCUGUGCUGCUGCUACUGCUCCCACUGUGGAGACGUAUACCAGACUGAUUUCAUCCACGAAGCCUGUCAGUACAGUUGGCCACCGGCGAUGCUCGCAGACCCAUGCAGGCUGGGAGAUGCUCACAGGGAGGAGCAGACGCCCGGUCAGGUGCAGAGGAGGACCAGACGUCACCGCACGAUUUUCACAGAGGAGCAGCUGGACGCACUGGAGGAGCUGUUCCUGCAGAACCAGUAUCCAGAUGUGAACACGAGGGAGAAACUGGCACAGCACACUCACUUAAGAGAAGAAAGGGUAGAGGUUUGGUUCAAAAACCGAAGAGCAAAGUGGAGGCGUCAGAAAAGACUAUCAUUUGGUUUGGGAAACACACAAAACUAA